CUCAACAAUACCCAUAAUAAUCCUUCAACUAACCCUUCCUUCAUUGAGAAAACAAAAAGGCACAACUUAAAUACCUUAAGAGAUGACAUCUACGACUAAGUUUGUUUUUGCAUUUUGUGUUGUUGGACUAUUCCUAAUCUUAGCUCCAAUAUCUCCCACCCUUGCAAACAGCACCCCCCAGGACUUCGUCGAUGCCCAUAAUGCCAUCCGUGCCAAGUAUGGCGUCGGUCCGGUCACUUGGAACAAAACCAUAGCCAGUUAUGCUGAAAAAUAUGCCAAAACUAAAACCGCUACCUGCGAGAUGGAGCAUUCUAUGGGACCUUAUGGAGAAAACUUGGCCGAAGCAUUUGAGAAGACAACAGCAGAAUUGACAGUGAACUAUUGGGCUAGUGAGGAUAAAUUUUAUGACCAUAAAUCAAACAAGUGUGUUGAGGAAGAGUGCGGCCAUUUCCUUCAAAUUGUGUGGAAGGACACAACAUCGAUUGGUUGUGCAGAAGUUAAGUGCAACAACAACUAUAUUUUCACUAUUUGCAACUAUUAUCCUCCAGGAGGGUAUCCUGACCAACUUCCAUACUGAAAACAUGCAGAUUAACAGCUGAUCAAAAUAACAGGACCGGGUCAAGGUCGAUCGGCCAAUGAAUUUUGUAUUAUUAUUAUUAUAUAAGUCAUGGAGAUGUCCAAUCAUCGUCUGUACAUUUUUUAUUAAAUAUAUAUAGGGUUAUGGUUUUUUUCCUCAUAUGUGAUGCGAGUUUCAAUUGCAUUAUUGCUAACC